CCUGAGAGAGCUUGGCAGAAAACACAGAGGACCUUAGAGACACAGGAAGCCACUAUGAGAGGUUUUCACUGUCCUGCUCUGCUGCUGCUGUGGGCUGUGUGUAGCGUGUUAGACGUGCAGGCUGAUGACGUGAGGACGGUCAAGCUGUGCGGCCGAGAGUUCAUCCGUGCCAUCGUCUACACGUGUGGCAGCUCCAGGUGGAGGAGGCUCAGCAGUCCGCAGGAUAUGGAAGGGUUUUUUAAUGGAGAUCUAAGCAGUGCUGAGCAUCUUAGCAAGAGUCUGGGAUCUGACCUGGCCAGACGAGACCUGACUGAUGUUUGUUGUCAGUUUGGCUGCAAGAAAAGUGACCUAACAUUGCUCUGCUGAGAAAUGAAGCUGUGCUUUUCUUUUUGUCUCACCAUGUUUUCUUCCACAGUCUAAAUGAAUAUGAACACUUCUCAAGUGUACUCUAAGUGUACAGUCAGUUGUAAUUCAUUGACCGUCUUAAUUUGCCAGUAGAUGAAGCUAAUUUACAUAAAAAGCAUGUCUAAUUUGGGAUUAGAUCAUCUAAGAUGCUCCAUGAAACAGCAGCAGUGAAACUGCACAAUGAGGGGUUUAAUUCUAACUUGUAUUUUGUAAACUUUGUCAAUAAACAUUAUUUCAUAUGCAUUAAAAGGUGUUUAUUUUCCCCCAUAAAUGCUGUUAAACAAAUAUGGACCAAACUGAGUAAUAAUAUCUAAUUAUAUUGAAACAUUAUUAUUACAUAAUACAGAUGAGCAUUUCAGGCAUAAUAUUUUAGAAUGAUAUUAACUGAUAUAUUUGAAACAUGACACAAUACAUC